GCCGCCACCGGUGCGGCUCCCGUACCGGCCUUGCGCAGGCGCGGGACGGCCAUGUCGGCCGCCGUGGAGCGGCGGCUGGCCCGCUUCCGCGCCGCCCGCGGUGCCGCCGGCGCCUCGCCGCGACUCGCGGAGCCACCGGGAAAGGCCGCGGCUCCGAAGGCCGCCGAGGGACAGCAGUCCGCCGCGGCGGGCCCGGGCGGCGGUGCCCAGGCCCGUCCCGGCGGGGCGGCGGCGGCUCCGGCGUGGGCGCGCCCGCUGCUGCUGAAAGUGCUGCUGUGGGCGGUUCUGCUAGCGCUGUUCGCGGAGCUGGAGCUGGGGCUGCCCUACUUCGUCCUCUCCCUGCUCUACUGGAUGUACGCCGGCACCCGCGGCCCCGCCGAGCGGCGGCCCGGCGAGUUGAGCGCCUACUCCGUUUUCAACCCCGGCUGCGCCGCCAUCGCCGGGACUCUGACGGCCGAGCAGCUGGAGCGGGAGCUGCAUUACCGGCCCGCCGCCGGGAGGUAGCGACCGGCCCGGUGGGGACCGCCUCUUCGCGGGGCGGCCUCCUCCCGCCCGGGCCACCGACCCCAGGCGGGCUGGGGCAGGAGGACAAGAAGGUUAUUUUUAUGCAAAACGCCGCUUGCGCCUUACUCCUGGCCCGGUUUCCCCGGGCACUGUCCGGUCCCGAAUAAAACCGUGACAAAGUGUG